CGUCCCGAAUUAACCGACCUUUAAAUGGUGCAAAGCAGUUUCCGCAAGAUCAGGAGUAAAUAAGCCACACAAGUGAUGAAAACAUGGAAAGAACUCUAAAGACCAAAAGUGGAUUUUCUUUCUUUCUUGCGGUACUCUCUCUUUCUUCCACACAUAGCGUAGACAUAACCAUUGUUUCGUUUCUUUUUUCCCUUUUCCUUUUUUGGCUUCCCAUCUUUGAGGAAGAACCAUCUACAGCCACCAGAAAAAUAAAACACACACACAGACAUACCCUUUUGUCUUUAUGGACAAGACAUCAUGAAGAAACCUCGAAAUGGCUCCUUAAUAAUUGAUGCCAUUAGAUGCCAAAAGAACAAUGAUAAUAGCAGCAGCAGCAGUAAUAAAAAUAACAAGAAUAAUAGGAGAAGCUUCUACGAGCUAUCUUUGUCAUUGAUGCUCUUACUUUGGUGUCUUGUCUUGUUGUUUUAUACUAGACUUGGCCUUAGCCAUGAAAAUGAAGGGAAUUUGGCUCUUUAUAACAGAAGCGUACCUUGCCGUAGCACUUUAAAAGAUAAGCUUUCUGAUGAUGCACAGUCAUACAUUUCAAAUAUAAGUCACAAUAAUACAAAUGGAGUGCUGUUGGAGCUUAAUCUGACUUCCAGUUGUAACAAAUCUACAGUUCAGAUUAACUUUGCAAAUCAGAAGUACUCGAUUUCAGAGACUGAUAGGAUAGAAGAAGUAAUCUGGAGUUUUUUAGGUUACAGAUCUUUAGUUUGUAAAACACAAAAUCCUGAAGAAUGGAAGAUUGGUAGGCCAGAAGCACUACCUGGUGAGAGAUCUCAUCAUUCUACUUAUCUUAAUCUAGAUGAGUUUCGGAACAUAACGAGACAAGAGAAAGGCCAACAAAUUCCUAAUCAGCUUGUUAACAUCACCCAUCGACUUGAACCUGAUGGAAAAGAGUACAACUAUGCCUCUGCAAUGAAGGGUGCAAAGGUUGUUGCACAUAAUAAGGAAGCAAAAGGAGCUGGUAAUAUCCUUGGAAAGGACAAAGAUAAAUACCUAAGAAAUCCUUGUUCUGUUGGAGGAAAGUUUGUUGUGAUUGAACUUUCUGAGGAGACAUUGGUUGAUGUUGUCAAGAUUGCAAAUUUUGAGCAUUAUUCUUCUAAUUUCAAGGGCUUUAACUUGUCUGGAAGUUUAAAUUAUCCUACUGAAACAUGGGAACUACUGGGUAAUUUUAAUGCUGCAAAUGUCAAGCAUAGUCAAAGUUUUAAGUUACCAGAACCCAAAUGGGUGAGGUACUUGAAGUUGGAUCUACUUAGUCAUUAUGGCUCUGAAUUUUACUGCACAUUGAGUGUUGUUGAGGUAUAUGGAGUAGAUGCAGUCGAGCGAAUGCUUGAAGAUCUCUUAGUAUCUCCUGAAGAAACUAAUCCUAAUAAAUCGCCAAAGCUCAUUACAACUGCAGGACCACCUUCAAAACCAGAACUGAAUCCUACUGAUGAGAAAAGAAAUGGCAAAGUCCAAAAUGGGACUGAUAUUAAUGCUGCUAUGGUGACAAGAAAUGUCUCCAAUGCUCAACAAACAUUUACAACAAAAAGCCCUGUGACUACAAGCAAGAUCCCAGAUCCUGCAACUGAAGUUAGACAGCAGCCAGUUAGCAGAAUACCUGGUGAUACUGUUCUAAAGAUCUUGCUGCAGAAGGUGAGAUCACUUGAGGUAAACUUAUCUGUGUUGGAAGAGUAUAUAAAAGAAAUGAAUAGAAGGCAAGGAGAUAUUCUGCCCGACUUAGAGAAAGAGCUAUCAAGAAUAUCAUUGCUUUUGGAGAAUAGAAAAGCAGAACUUAAUGCUGUCAUGGAAUGGAAGGAAAAUAUGGAUAAAGGGCUCAUGAACUUUGAGUCAUGGAAAGAUGAUGUCUCGUCUCGAAUGGAUGCAUUGGUCAGAGAAAACAUCAUGCUAAGAUUAGAUGUUGAAAAGUUAGUGAAUGAUCAAGCGAAUCUAGAGAGCAAGGAGCUAGCAGUAAUAGCAGUGAGUCUUUUUUUCAUGUGUUUUGCAACUAUCAAGCUAGUUUCAUCAAGUGUUCUAAAAUUUUUAGGAGCUUCUGAAUCAGAUAAGGUAUGCAGGACAAGUAGAGGUUGGGUUAUGAUAUUUGUUAGCAGCACUAUGACAAUAUUCAUCACCCUCCUCUCUAGCUAGCUACUCCUCUCCUUUCUUUCUGUGAAUCUAUGCCAAAAAGUUACACUACUUGUAAAACUGCACUGUAUCAAUAUUCAUCAACUUGCUCUCUAUCCAUUUUAGCUCUAGAAAAUCAUUAACUUGUAUCUUUUUUUCUUAUUUAUUUGUUUAUUAAUAUUAUAGAGAAAUUAUUUCACAACACAUCAUUUUUUCCCCCCUUCUUUUGUAGUUAAUUGAUUCUCACUUUUAUCCUAA